UGUGUGCCGAACAAAUGUGUAGCUGCGCAUGCGUCUAGAUGGUUAUGGAGGACUGUUUGAGCUGUUCACAGUAAAACGUGAAUUAAGUGUCUCCUUCUAGACAGUUUCUUGCUAAGACACGUAUUUUGGAUAUAUUUGCUGCAUUGGUGUGUUCAAUUUCUGGGAUGGCGUCCGAGUCAGGACCACCGACUCCAGCCGCCGUUUCCAAGGUAAUCAUGACCUUUCACCCUACCAACGAGGAGUUCCGUAACUUCAGCCGCUACAUUGCCUACAUGGAGUCUCAGGGGGCACACACGGCAGGCCUGGCCAAGAUCGUCCCCCCUAAGGACUGGAAGCCGAGGCGUUGCUAUGACGACAUAAACGACCUGGUGAUUCCAGCGCCUAUCCAGCAGCUGGUGAGCGGCCAAUCAGGACUCUUCACCCAGUACAACAUCCAGAAGAAGGCCAUGACCGUACGAGAGUUCCGCAAGAUGGCCAAUAGUGACAAGUUCUGCUGUCCUCACCAUGUAGAUUUUGAUGAGCUAGAGAGGAAGUACUGGAAGAACCUGACCUUUAACCCCGCCAUCUACGGGGCUGAUGUCAACGGAACGCUCUACGACCCCGAGGUUACGGAGUGGAACAUUGGGCGGCUGCACACCAUCCUGGACACGGUGGAGCGAGAGAGCGGCGUCACCAUCGAGGGCGUCACCACGCCCUACCUGUACUUUGGGAUGUGGAAGAGCUCCUUCGCCUGGCACACAGAGGACAUGGACCUGUACAGCAUCAACUACCUGCACCUCGGACAGCCCAAGUCCUGGUACUGUGUUCCUCCAGAGCAUGGGAAAAGGCUGGAGCGUUUGGCUCAAGGCUUCUUCCCUGGCAGUGCCCAGACCUGUGAAGCGUUCCUCAGGCACAAGAUGACAAUCAUCUCCCCCUUUAUCCUCAAGAAGUACGGCAUCCCCUUUGAGAAGGUCACCCAGGAGGCAGGAGAGUUCAUGGUGACAUUCCCCUACAGCUACCACGCUGGCUUCAACCACGGAUUCAACUGUGCCGAGUCCACCAACUUCGCUACAGAGCGCUGGAUAGAGUACGGCAAGCAGGCCACACUGUGCUCCUGUAGGAAGGACAUGGUAAAGAUCUCCAUGGGUCUGUUUGUGAAGAAGUACCAACCAGAACGCUACCAGAGCUGGCUGGAGGGGCGGGACUCCCAGCCCAUCGACCACUCACGGCCCACGCCCGAGGCAUGUGAGUUCCUGGGGGAGGAGCCUGCUGGUGUCAUCAGCCAGGAGGCUGGCCUUGAGGAGACUGGAGUGGAGGGAGAGAAGAGGAGGUGACACACACACACACACACACACACGGGUGUCUAGUAUUGAAGGUUGUCUCUGUGAUCUGAAUGUUUUUUCCCCUCAGCCCCACCCAGAGGAUAGGAACCAAGAGGCACAGGGUCUGCCUAGAGCUGCCUCACGGACUGCUGCCCCGGGAGGAGGGGGGGGGAGGAGG